GUUGUCCUGCGAGAGAACAUGCAGCCGUCACUCUCAAACAGUUCCAGACCUGCUGCCCAACUUGGCAGCUUAUGUAAUAAUAUUCAAGCCCCGCCGUAUAUUUCCCUCGCGACGAGGACAGGAACAUCAACUCGUCCUUUUCCCGUCCCUCACCUGCCCUUGGGCACUUACAUUCCUUUGGACUUUCACGCUCCUUCAUUGUUUGGACGCUAAUCGGACGUAUUAUUCGUAUACCCAAUAACAAUGGCCACAACAAAGCUAUUUCACCUGAUCGCCUUUACGGCUCUCGCGCUUUUCGCCUCGUCUUAUGGACCUGAGCCUGUUAAUGCCUUGUCUACCCCUGGCUUGCAUGCCCGCCAUCAUGCCAUGCACGAUACCAUCGCCAGGAGGAAGCGUGAUACCACCAAGCGCGAUUCGCCCAAGCGCUGCAGACAGCGCCCGUCUUCCUCCAUUGUUGCUUCUGCAACUUCCGCUGCUGCUCCUCCCCCGAGCAGCGCACCUGCUCAGACAACCUCUAAGCCUGCUGGUACAACUGCAGCUCCCGCGCCCUCUUCUUCUUCCGCUCCUGCACCUUCUCCUGCUCCUGCUCCCCCGAGUGGUGGCGCGCUCGAUGUUGCUAAAGUUGGUCUUGCUUGGCCCAAUGGUCCUGAUGCCAGUCUGACCCACUUCCUCACUCCCAACGUUGGAGCUCUCUAUACUUGGAGUCCAUUCUGUCCCGACACCGACGUUCAAUGCUACCAGAUGUUGUGGGGUGGUGCCUCUGACAAAGUCUCUGAGUUCAAGAGCGUGGUUAAGCCCGCUGGCGGUAACAAGCGUGUCAUUCUCGGCUUCAAUGAGCCCAAUGAAUCAGGUCAAUCGAACAUGAGCCCUGAGUUUGCUUGUGCCGUUUGGCAUGACGCCAUUGAGCCCUUGGCUAAACAAGGAUACACCCUCGUUUCUCCGGCCACCAGUGGAAACCCCAAGGGCAUUGACUGGAUGCAUUCCUUCUUCAACUGCUGCAAGGACUGCACGGUCCAUGCUAUGGGAGUUCACUGGUAUGAUAUUCAUGCCAAAGAUUUCAAGAGUUGGGUUCAGAGAUGGCACGAUGAAUUUGAUGGCCGUGAUGUACUUGUCACGGAGUACGCUGUCCAGAACUUCAACGGCGGUCCGCAGGCGAGUAAGGAUGAGAUCUUCGCUUUCCAUCAGGAGGUUGGUCCUUGGUUGGACUCUCAGCCAUGGGUCAAGGGCUACUUCCCCUUCGGUUUCAUGCACAACCUUCAAGGUGUCAACACGGACAAUGCUCUCAUGGCUGGAAACGGCCAACCCACCGACCUCGGUUGGAAGAUCAUCAACAACGCUUACUAAACGUAUGCUGCGUUGUCGCAUCUAUUAAGAAUUUCUCCUGUAUACCCUUUUUUGUCAUUCAUUCUGCAGGACCGUGGAGCGGCUGGUCAGGUUGAUUCGUCGUGGUGUUGUGUUUACAAGACUAGGGCUGCGCUUCUAGUAUUCGAGCUUGCUGGGUCUUCUUUUACUACUAACCGAAGUUCCCAAGUUCAUACAAGUCUAUUGGUUUAUCGUACCCUGUGCUUCUUGGUUUAUCGUAUCCUGUGCUUCUUAUGUACUUGUCGUCAUCUCGUACUACUCGAUCACUUCCAAGAUAGUACAUUCACGGUCCAAGGACUCGUUCUUCCUGGUUACCGUUAGAAGAUUUGAAACUCUUGUUUUUAUGACUUUCGUGAUAGUGAAGUAGCAACGACGUCACUUCGGGCAUCCGUGUCUUAUCCCACGGUAAGAUUAGAACCGUUAUAUUUGGCUUCCUUAACUAGUCUGAAUUCUGCG